CGUCUGCCACCAGGGGGAGGCCGUGAGGUGGCGCGCCGCUAGUGCUGCAAAAUGGCGGACGUGCAUCCUUGCUGAUAUUUCAUCAUUUCAUGGUAAAGUGGAGAGCGGGGGCCACGUUCUGACGAGAUGGAAGACGGCGAGAACUCCGCCGAGCUGAGGCAAGCGUGCAAUAUGGAUGUACCCUCAUCUCAUACAAAUUCUCCCAUCAUAACCACAGAUCAAGAGACGCUGGUAAGACCAAAUUCUCUUCUGCUAAAUCUGUUAAAAUCUGGUGGUGCCCAGAAUGAAACCUUCACAAUGAAAGAGGUAAUUUACCAUCUUGGUCAGUACAUUAUGGCCAAGCAGUUGUAUGACAAGAAGCAACAGCAUAUUGUCCACUGCUCUAAUGAUCCUCUUGGAGAACUAUUUGGGGUACAGAACUUCUCUGUAAAAGAACCCAGGAGACUGUAUGCAAUGAUUUCCAAAAAUCUGAUAACUACUGAUUCAAAAGACUGUUUAGAAACUUUUGAGAAAGACGCGAGUUGUUGUUUUUCACAAGACGAGAGUGCUGCACAGAAUUCGGCUGAGGAAGUACAAGAGAAGAUAACCCCCUCUGCAUCAUCCCCCAAGAAAGCCCACAGUGAAUCUGAAGAAAGUUCUUCAAAUGGUCAACCAUCAGAGCCUCAGAGAAAGAGACAUAAGUCAGACAGUAUUUCUUUAACCUUUGAUGAGAGCCUUUCGUGGUGGGUGAUAAGUGGCUUAAACUGUGAUAGAAAUAGCAGUGACUCUACAGACACCUCUUCUAAUGCAGACCAUGAGGCAUGCUCUGGAAGUGAGGACUCAGAUUGGUUGGAUCCAGAUUCUGUUUCUGAUCAGUUCAGUGUUGAGUUUGAGGUUGAGUCUGUAUAUUCAGAAGAUUAUAGCCCUAGUGGAGGUGAAGAAAGUCUCACAGAUGAUGACAUGGAUGAUGAGGUUUACCAGGUGACUAUAUACCAAGCUGAAGAAUCGGGAGACUCUUUUGAUGAGGAUACGGAAAUUUCUGAAGCUGAUUACUGGAAGUGUUCACAGUGUGAUGAGAUGAAUCCUCCUAUUCCAAGAUAUUGUAAAAGAUGUUGGUCUCUUCGUAAAGACUGGCUCCCAGACCAAAGUGAAAAGAAUAAUUGCCCCUUGAAAAGAAAAGAGAUGGAAGAUUCCGAAGAUGAAGGCAUGAUGUCAGAUGGCAAAAAGCCAAAACUGACCGAUAAGCAAGAUUCAGUUCUCGCCAAGAAAAGAUGACGAGGGAAUACAGAGCUGUGAAUCCAGGAAACUGAGGACUUUUCUCAGCCCACAUCUGAAAGCAUCGCAUCUUGUAGUCAGGAGGAGCAAGAGAAAGUGACCAGCUCACCAGGAAAGUUCAGAAGGGAGCUUCCACUUUCUUGUGUUGAACCUUGCGUAAUCUGCCAGACCUAGGCGAAGAAUGGAUGCAUUGUCCAUGGCAGUACAGGGCAUCUCAUGGCAUGUUAUACAUGCGCGAAAAAACUUAAGAGGAGGAACAAGCCUUGCCCUGUAUGCAGACAGCCAAUUCAAAAGAUCGUAUUAACUUAUUUCAGCUAGAAGGCAGGACAGAUUAAUAAACACAACAUGAAAAUGCAAGACAAAAAA